UUGGGUUGGGUGCACAAAAACGUGAGAAUUCUAAGGUCUUAGAACUUUCUUCAUAUAUGUGGAGAAGAGCGUGGAGGUAGGCAUUUCAAUGGAGAAGGCGAUGGCAGACGCAGAAGCUAAGGUCCCUGAUUAUAGGCUUCUCCUCUCCUGUCCCUCUGGUCUUUCCCCUUCUCAGGUCUCUGUGGAUUUCAGCGAACGAUUUGAUAGGAUUCCGCAUCCGGAUAUUAGCUUGGACAACUCCAUAUCUGAGAUAUGGGAUGGAAGGGUUCAACAGAAUGCAUCAUUAUAUAAUGGAACAAAGUUUCGGGUAUGUGGAUGUCCUUUUCCUUUCACCUCUGUUGCAGGACACAUCAUGCAUGGUGGAGGUGGUUCUGAUGAGAAGUCCCAUGUAUGCCUACACCUUGGAUUAACAGAUUAUAGGACUUUUGUGGGGACAAAUUUAAAUCCUUUGUGGGAAAAGUUUCUGGUUCCAUCUGAAGAUGACUCUGUACGGUGCCAACACACCUCAAGUCCGCUGGGUAAUGGUGCAAUCAUAGAGACAUCUGACAAGAGGAUAGUUGUAUUGCGGCGAAGUAAUAAUGUUGGGGAAUUUCCUGGACAUUUUGUGUUCCCAGGAGGCCAUCCAGAGCCCCAAGAAAUCGGAAUAGUUUCUCAUCAGUUUGACAAAGACAUGGACCCUGAUUUUAUUAACAGGAAGGUUUCUCAGGAGAUGUUUGACAGCAUUGUUCGUGAAGUAGUUGAAGAGAUUGGAGUACCUGAGGCGUCCCUAUGCAAUCCUGUACUUAUAGGAGUAUCUUGCAGGGUGCUGAAUGUUAGACCAGCUGCAUUUUUCUUUAUCAAAUGCAAUCUUCACUCUAAGGAAAUUCAACAACUUUAUUCUACUGCACAAGAUGGCUAUGAGUCAACGCACCUUUACACUGUUUCAAGGAAUGAUUUAAAGGACAUGACAUCUAAAAUGCCUGGAUGCCACCAGGGUGGAUUUGCUCUCUAUAUGUUAAUGGUAGAAGCUGUGAAGGAUGUUUGAUUGAAGUCCAGGACAGAUGAUCAAUCAAGGUUAUCAGCCCUUUGCAUCUUGGUGGUUCAGUAACAUUUUGUUGCUUUGAUUUUCUUUAAUCCAGCAUAAAUAAUCACCUCUGAGGUUGAUGUGAAAACAGAGCUGUGAAGGCUUACUGCAAACAGGCAUGAUUAUGAAAAUGUAUUAAUCUUUAGAAUUUAAUGGCAAUACAUGGCUUUGCCUUAUAUCCUUUAAUAAA